AUGUAUGACAAUUGUGGCAAUUACGCAUAUACUGGCUACUAUACCGACAGCGGACACGGCAUUUGUCUUUGGUGGAAGCCAGAGCUGAUAUGGGCUCAGGUCGUGGAACAGGAAAGUCAUCAGGAACUGCUGCGGGAUAACGAGAUGUGUUUGGCAGACGUUGAGUAUUGA